UUAUUAAAAUCAAAACGAUCAGUUCUCUGAAAUUCUUGUUCAGGUUAUGCGAAUCUUGGAUUACGAAUAGUCGCUUAUAAACCCCCUGGAGAGGGGGAGGGUCAUCAAAUGGUCCCGGGACAGGUAAAGGUGUAGCCGGCACUGGUCCAACCUGUUGUCUACCUUUUGUUUCUGUUUAAUAGAUUGGUGUCUGAUGCGCAGGAUGCCCCGGGGGAAUAGUUCGGGGGCCUUUAAGUACUCCAGGGUUGCACAGAGCGGGUACAACUACGGACUGAGAACCAUGGAGAACGUCCAGCAAGAGUCGAUGUUGAGGAAAUCUCUGAAGAUCGCCCUGGUGGUGACCGCUUACUGGGUUGUCUCCAUCACUAUGGUGUUUCUCAACAAGUACCUACUGAGUGGAGAAGAACUGAAGAGUUUGAAGACAGCAAGUGAGGGGAAAAUGCUGGAGGCCCCGCUGUUCAUCACAUUCUACCAGUGCUUGGUGUCUGUCCUGCUGUGUCUGCUGUUACGGCUCCUGUCCAGGCUCAUGCCAGGUGUCAUCUCCUUCCCACCUGUGCACCUGGACAAGAAGAUAUCCCGGGAGGUGUUGCCUUUAUCUGUGGUGUUUGUUGGAAUGAUCACCUUUAACAACCUGUGCCUGAAGUAUGUGGGCGUGGCCUUCUACACCGUAGGCAGAUCACUGACAACAGUAUUCAAUGUGGUUCUUACCUACUUUGUUCUGAAGCAGACGACAUCACUCAAGGCCAUCCUCUGUUGUCUGGUCAUCAUCUCAGGCUUUGUACUAGGGGUGGACCAGGAGGGGGCCGCAGGUACCCUGUCAGUGAUAGGAGUGAUCUUUGGCGUCUCCGCCAGCCUGUUUGUCUGCCUGAACUCCAUCCUGACAAAGAAGGUCCUCCCUUGUGUGGACAGCAACGUGUGGCGCCUGACUUACUACAACAACAUCAAUGCCGUCAUUCUCUUCAUCCCUCUCAUCCUCAUCUUUGGUGAAGCCUCCAUCCUCACUAACUUUCCUCACCUCACGUCGUCCAAAUUCUGGGGCCUCAUGACUCUGUCCGGUUUCUUUGGCUUUGCUAUCGGUUAUAUAACGGGACUCCAGAUAAAAGUCACCAGCCCUCUGACACAUAAUAUUAGUGGGACUGCUAAGGCUUGUGCACAGACUGUUCUCGCUGUAGUGUUCUCUCACGACAUAAAGACUGCUCUGUGGUGGUUGAGUAAUGCUCUGGUGUUGGGGGGCUCGGCGGCGUACACAAAAGUGCGACACUCCGAGAUGCAGAAGCAGCACAAAGAAUCUAAAAAGGCUUUAGCUGAGAUGAAAAUGGAAGACAGCAAGAAUGGGGACCUUAAUAAGGUAAGUGAAUGGCCAUCCACCGUUCCAUUACUGGGGUUCGAGGAGCAGGAUUCGGCCAAAGAUAAAAAAGGUUCAUUGGAGGAAGACCGUCCAACAGUAAAUGAUGUGUGAUCUCAUUAUGUUGGAUAUGCAAAUGAAGGCCAGUGAGUGUGGGAGAAGUUUUGAGGACUGCAGACCAAUUUUGAAUGUGGAAAUUUCUAAUCUGAUUCUGAGGUAUGAAAAAAAUGAUCUCAAAGAUUUGUAUAGCUUGUUUGCUUAAUACUCAUGGUUAAAUUUGACUCCGUUCUCAUUUGUCACAAACUUGUUCUGUGAAAAGCUUUGGAGACUGACAUUUUGUGCUGUAGAUUUGGGAAAGGGAAGCGUGUAUUCAAUGAUUCUUGCAUCAACUAGCACAAGGUUAUUGUGCUUUUGAGUUUUCAUUGUUUUUGCAAUAAGAUUCUAGCCUUGCAAAGCUUUCUUUUCCUUGACUGCACCCAUUGGUGCUUCAAACCAUUUGAGUAUUACAAAAUUUUGUUGUAAUUUGGUGUGGUGUAACGUAUAUUGUACUUGUAUCAUGUUAAUUUUUAUGUCAGUAGAGGCCUGUUACUCUUGAAAUACUGAAGGUUGUUCAACAAUGUCAUGUACUUUUUGACAUUAAUCAAACUAUCAGAGAAAGGCCUUGCCAUGUUCAGAGGUAUAUUAGUCACAUUUACUGAAUAGGAACAAUGUUUUACAUGACAUGUAUAGGGUCUAAGUUCAAUAAGAGGGGUAUAUCUAUAUGUUUCUGUAGCCCAUCCUGGAUAAAGUUGGUGUAUAAUUUCUGGAUGACACAAUUGUUCUAAAGAUGUUGACAUUCAGCAGUAUUUAAAGGUGCAAUCACGAAAAUUUGGAAAGCUACUGAAAUGAUGAUUGUAUUGGUGUCUAUAUUCUCUGCAUAGCUGAGGGUGAAUAAUUUGAAUUGCUUAAGAGACACUGUGUAUAGACAUUUUUGUGUACUUUGCCUUUCAGAGAUUAUGAUCAAGUUGUCAUACUGUAAAAAGGAACACUUCUAUGUUGUUACUCUUUCGUGUGUACAGAAUCAUCUGUGAACAUAAAAAGAUAUACAGUACAAAAGGUUAUAGGUUAGGAAACAUUGAUUAUUGAACAGAAUCAAAUUUGUGAUUUAUUAGAAAUCAAUUUUAUUUUCUAUGCAUUAUGAUCAAUUCAUGAAUUUUACAAUGUCAACCAUAUAUUUCAAUAAAUGAACUUCAAACUUCA